AUGUCUCGUCCAAUUGGCCCUGUUGAGCGGUACUACCUUUGCCGGCUUUCGAUGGGCUACUGCAACAACGGUUUCAGUUUGGCAGCUCGCUUCAAUCGUCCUGUCGAUGAUGUUCUCUUGUCGAACGCUUUGCGUCUUAUGAUCUUGAAAAACCCAGUAUUUUCGCUUAAUUUCUUUAGACACAAGGAAGGCGACAGACAACACAAUGGUGAUAACUUUGUGGUCAGAUCGGUUCUGAAGAUCGCUUACGACCAAGUGGUCCAGCCAUUGGAAGCUGGAAGCUUUGGUUCGGAAUUGGCUGAAAGCUUGGCAGCGGAAGUACUUCCUUUGGAUGUUGAUAGACCUACUUGGAAGAUCUACAACUUAAAGCUUAACAACAAUGAACCCUCGGCGCUCAUUUUCGUGUGUAACCACAUCUUUUUUGAUGGGAACGCUGGUGCUAACGUGUUUGACGAACUUCUUUACUGCUUCGACGAGGUGGAAAAGAAUUUACCAAAGACUGUCCGUACUCAGUUGUUCAAUGCUGAAACCGAUAAUCUUGCUCCCCAGCCUGCCCUGGACAAGGUUGCUCCGUUGUAUGACACCCCUACGUUUUACAUGAUCAAGACCUUGCUUCUCGAGAUCUUUUUGCCUCAUUUCAUCGUUCACUUUUUCCAGGUCUUGUUUCUGUCUUCAACUCCAAAUACUUAUCGCUACCCGGUAUUCAAUCCCGUGGGACCUAAAAAGUUCAACCACCUGGGGUUCCGCCUUUUGGCUUUUACACCGCAAGAAACUUCCCAGCUCUUGGCUCGAUGUAAACAAAACGGUCUCACUUUGACCCCUUACAUUGGCGCUUGCGCUCAUGCUGCCGCUCAAGACUAUUUGAUACCUUAUGCUAAUGUUCUUCAGGGGUAUAAACCAGAUCAAGGCCGAAGCCUAAACGUGCCAAUUGCGCUCUGUGGACGCCGAUUUGUACCUGAGCAUGCUAUCCAGCUGCGUUUUGGUCUCUACAUGUCCCAGACAUUACCGUUCGUGCCUCAAGAGCUUAACACGGUGAAGAAAGUGGGUGAUAGCUUGAAAGAGCUGCUUGACAAGGCCAUGACUUCGCGUGAUCCAUUCAAGUUUGCCGGUAUGCUUCGCUGGGUGAACAUCUGGGACUGGUUUAAGGACGAGCUCAAGAACCCAGAUGCUCGUGGUGGUCUUGAGAUCUCUAAUAUAGGAUGCAAGAGGUUCGCAAGAGGUCAGUGGGAAGUCACCGAUAUCAUCUUUACCCAAGGUGUGUCUACAUCCCACUUGACCUUAUCAGUUGUGAGUACGCCCAAGGGUGGGCUCCACCUUACGAUCGCUAACGUUGAUGAUAUGGAGAUGUGGGAGAAUGACGGAAAGAAGGUGAUGGACGAGUACGCGUCGCUGUUCAAGUCCUACCUUUUGAGUUAA